GUCUCUCCACGCCUCUCUCUCUCUCUCUGACCGUCUGUCUGUCUGUGCGAACGAGCGAUGCGGGCUUUCAAACUGUGAAAACACAACCACACGCAAAAGCCGAAUGCGUGUAUAUCAUGCAGUCACAUGAAACUACUUUAUAUCUAGCCGAUAAACACACGAACCAUCUAUCCCCUUCCUCUUUUUGGUGCUUUUUCCUCUGUGUGUAAUCGAAGGGGGAGACAGGAUUCAGAGACGGGGAAAACAGGAAUGUUUCUUCCGGUUCCAAAGCGUGUAAAAAACGAACGGAAGCCAAUGUGGUCUCUGUAGUCUGUCAGCGAACUCUUGUACUCCCACCUUUGCUUCCACUGCUUGUGCCACAUUGAACACUGUGCGACUCAGCUCUGCUGCUGGCUUUGGUUUCCCCCCAACUGCAGGAAAAACCAUUGAGACAAGAGAGAGGCCUCUGUCUCCAGAAGUGCAGCCGACCUCUGACUGCAUGUCUCAGCGCUCUGACCGACCUCCCUUCUCUUCCUCCUUCUCCUUCCACUUCUCCUCAAGGACCCACAUUUCCACAUAACCAUAACCUCCACACCUCCAGCCAGCUGCUAGCUGCUUCAUCACAGGCCCGGUUGGUAAUUGCUCUCCCUGGGCAGAGGGAUCGACCAUCGUCCCCUGACUGGUUCUCCUUCAGUGGGGGAGGGAGGGGAAGGAAGGCAGCUGAACGCUGUGCCGCUUUCCCUGGAGAUGAAGCUGCAGGCUGUCAUGGAGAACCUGCACAGGCAGCAGAGGGCGAAGCUGCUGAUGGAGCAGCAGCUACAGCAGCAAGCCGCUGCCCAACACACUCAAGUCCGCACAGGUGAAGGAGGAGGGGAUGAGCCGAUGGGGAGCCCAGCCCCUGAGGCGGAGCAGGCCCAGAUGGCAGCACUAGCGGCCAUGCGCGCCGCGGCAGCUGGGCUGCAGAGGGUGUCGGACAGCCCCAUGUCGGAACGCAGCAGCGACGGCGAGGAGGACGGUGAUGAUGAUGAUGACAAUGAAGACGGGGAGGAGCAAUGCAAGGACAUGAUGGGGUCCGAUGAGGAGGAGCAGAUCAAACAGAAAUGGGACGAGGAGGACUUUGAAGGCGAGAUGGAAGAAGACUUUGAUGACGACCUGGCAGAGGAAGGUCUGCCGACAGGCCAUGACGCCGUGGCCCCCGGUAAAGGCAUCCUCCUGUUGCCCCACCGCCAGCUCCACCCUCACUCCCAGCUGCUGAAGGCCCGCCCCAGUGUUGACCAGGAGCCCCGCGUAGCUAUCCUGCCUCCCCACGCCACGCACAGCCAUCUAGGUGGGCAGGACCAUGGAGAAUGGACCUACGAGGAGCAGUUCAGACAGCUGUAUGAACUGGAUGGAGACCCAAAGAGAAAGGAGUUUCUGGAUGACCUCUUCAGCUUCAUGCAAAAAAGAGGAACCCCGGUGAAUCGUAUUCCCAUCAUGGCCAAACAGGUCCUGGAUCUGUACAUGCUCUACAGGCUGGUGACAGAGAAGGGUGGCCUGGUGGAGGUCAUCAACAAGAAACUGUGGAGGGAGAUCACCAAGGGACUCAACCUGCCUACCUCAAUCACCAGUGCAGCCUUUACCCUUCGCACACAAUACAUGAAAUACCUGUACCCAUAUGAAUGUGAUAAGAGGGGCCUGAGCAACCCCAACGAGCUCCAGGCAGCCAUCGACAGUAAUCGGCGGGAGGGCCGACGACAGAGCUUUGGCAGCUCCCUCUUCACCUACUCGCCCAACGGGACGCCCACCAUGCUGUCCUCCCCGAAGCUCCCCACGUCCAGUGGGGGCCUGACGGUGGGCACCAACGGGGCCUCGCUGACCCCCAUCCAGAAGAUCAAGAAAGAGGAGGGAGGCCAGCCGCUGCCGGGGGUCGGUGUGGCUCGUUUGCCAGCGGGGGCCUUGGCGGGACACUCGGUGGCUGCUGUGCAGGCAGCAGCAGCCCAGGCAGCGAUGGCAGCUCAGGUGGCAGCUCUGGAGCAGCUGAGGGACAAACUGGAGGCUGGUGAGCCUCCAGAGAAGAAGAUGGCGCUUCCGGCCGAGGAACACCACCGACUGCUGCAGAGAGCACUGCAACACAACCUGCUGGCCAUGACCGCACAGAUACCCAUGAACAUCCGCAUCAACAACCAAGACAGCAGGCAGGACUCAGCCCUGAACCUCACCACCAACGGCACAAGCAGCAUCAGCAUGUCAGUGGAGCUCAAUGGAGUGGUUUACACUGGCGUUCUUUUUGCUCAGGCAGCAGCAGGGUCGGCCUCAUCUGGUGCACCUGGAUUGUCCGUCUCCAACGCGGCGGUCAGCGGUCGUGUUGCCCCUCAGCAGCCGCAGAACACACCUACCUCAACCUCAACCUCCAACAACCCGUUGUCUUAACAAACCCCCAGCCUUUCCCCUGUAUUUUUUUUAAUUACCACGCUAAGUAAAGCCAAAAAUCAACCUCAUUUUCUACAUCAUCUAUGCCAAAAAGAGAAGAACCAUAAUCCAUACACAAACUGAAACUCAGAUCACUUGAAGUACACUAUCUCAGGUUUUCUCUCACAAACUCACCUCUUUUGUUCUUCAUAGCCAAAAUAAUUUUGAAAAAAAAAAAUAUCCCAACUGAGAGCCAGUAUAUGCUAAACAAAUAUGUAUGCACAACCUGUGAAUUAUUUAUUUCUGCAUAAAUGUACAGAUUACUGGAGAACAAAAGAGAAAGUAAUAACUAGGAAGGGCAAUGCACUGUUUACACAAACAAACAUAGCUACUGACUGACAACGACAUUUUAUCCUCUAGGAGAGAGAUUUUUUUAAAUUUUAUUUUAACUUUUUCAUUGUCAUUAUUAUCAUUAUUGUUAUUCUCUAUUGUGUUUAUCAUUUAAAUCUUUAACAAUCCUAUCACUGCAGGAAAAAAAUCUAUAUAUUUAGAAUUCUAUAAAAAAAAAAAAAGGAAAUAUGAAUAUUCUCUAUUUUUAAUCAGAAAAGCUUUAAAGCUAUAUGUUGUUUCUUCAGGGCAUAUAACAAUGUACCGUUGUGACCUCAUUUUGUGUAGACCCUUAUAAACUUAUUCACAUGACAGCCAGUUUGGAUCCCUAGGUGGAAGAGCGAGUCUGGUGCAGGUCUGCGCUCCUGUUGUGUACCGAGAUACACAUCAUAUCUACGCCACUGAUUCUCCUUUGAACAAAAGUUUUAAAUGGCUUGAUCUCAAGAAUCUGCAAAGAUAUUUGUUAAGUUUUUAAUAUAUUUGGUCCACUAUUGAUUGCUACCAGAGUUUAGAGGUAGUAGCUAGAAUGCUAAGUAGCUGACGUCCCUGCCGAAUUUAAGCAGUUGGUGUGGUUGCUCUUCAUGAAACUGGUGGCUAUUUAAAACCCUCAUCUGUUUGUUGACAUAAGGCCAGUUCAAAACAUAUCAAUGCCAAUCACGCAGGUAUAUUGUCAAGCUUACUGUUCAAAAUGGCUGUUUGUGCGAGUAGGGUCAGUAGUGCAGGUGGGAGAAUGAACUAAAGCCGUUCGCCGCACCUCAACACACUGUACUUUCUGAGCCUCAGCAGCGUCCACACGCCUCUUCCUGUUGCUGUUUGGGGUUCAGAUUUUAUGUGAAUAACACGUUUUCCGUUGUUCUCAGGUGUCCGUCUGCUCAUCGCUUUGUACAAUAUCCUGCAGUCUUCUAUUAACGCUUGGCGGAGAAACAUCUUUCCCUGCAGAAAGAUCGGUUUUCAUCUUCUUUUAUGACUUGGUCUUCUAGUGGAGUAAUUGUCUUAAAGUCAGAUGCAUGCAUGUAUUUAUAGAUAAAAGCCCAUCAGCGAUUUCCUGACUUGAAUUUACAGGUGUCGAGCGUCCACCAAAUCCUCGUUACUGUGGAAACCCUCACAUGGACAAUCAGGUGUCAGGAGAUGCAAUUUCACCUUUAAAGAAACUUAUUCUGACAGUUAUUUCAGCUCAUAUCUGACACAUUGUUGUUUUUUUUUCUUGUAUCAUAGAUUACAGAUGCUUUUUAUUUUUUGUUUCAGCUUUGUGUUUUUGCAUUACUUGAGUGCUCAUUCUGAUCCAAGUGCUUCUUAUCCAGUGCUGUGACGAGGACAGGGUCCUCUUGAGACUAGCUCGCCAUCUACCGAGGAUAAUACAGAGAAUGUCUUGUGAUCCUCUGACUGUUUUUGGAUGUUACUUAAUCGAGGCUUUUGAUAAUUUAAGGUCAGAGGUACUCAUAGUUGCGGCUGAGCACUUGAUUGUGUUUUACUGUUUGUACGAACACUCACUGCAGUUGGAUUCAUGAAAGGCCACAGCGGAGACACCAUGUCACCUCAUAAGUAGUUGUGUCUCUGCAUUUUGAAGUAGAUCAAUCAUUCAGCUUUUUGAACUUUAACCUGUGUUACCUCUCUGGGCUGUUGGCUGUUAAAGAUUGUUACUCAACCCCCCCCCCAACCCCACCCCUACGCAAAGCUGCCUCAUUCCUACCGAUGUUAGGAAGUAAAUCAGGCUUUGUAUGUGGGUUCUGUUCUGAGGCCUUAACACAGCAUGAGAUGACCAGAGAGCGAGCAGUACCUCCAUCUAAUCAGUUUUUACUGUUCCAGUCAAAUAUCACCAGAUGGCUGCCACGGCUUUGAUUCUGGUCCUGCUUCUCGGUGGGAAGUCACCACCAGCUGCUACACAAACACUGGUCAGUUUUGGAAAGUACUCUUUCAACUCAGAUAGCAAACAACUCCCAUUCAAAAACACAAUCAUCAAAUGCUGUUCUUUGAAAUGGUGAAAAUAACUUGUUUUAUUUCUUCCUAGAAAAGAGAAUUUGAGUGUUAGUUGGAUUUAAAAAAAAAAAAAAAAAAAUUCAGAGACAGGAAAAGGAUGUCAUUGGUUGAGUUACAUCUUAAUGAGUGCUGGAUUCAUCAGCCUUAAUUAGGUGGGAGAUGAUACAAAACCAGGCUCCUUUUUUAACUUGUGAGCAACUCGCUCCGUAUUGGAGGAUAUGUCAUUUUACAGAUACAGGAGGGACAGAUGUACUCAAAUACAGUGUUUUUACACAAUGAAUUUAGUUAUCUGGGGAAGAGCUAGUUGUUUUGCAGCUGUUGCUCUGCAGUGUGGCUGUGAAGUCAGCCAGCAGACCAAUCAGACCUCAACCAUUUUGCCUUUUAAAACAUGAAUGGCAUUUAUGCAGUGUUGACUCAAAUGAUGGAGCCUGAUAUCAAGAUUCACAACCCCCUUUUUGAAAUAUUGAUCAGGUUCUCAGUGUAGAUCCGUAUCAGAGGCGGUCAAAGCAUUUUUACAGUGAAAAAUUUAGGUAGCAUGUUAAACAGGCAGAGCCUGACAUGAGUCAGUACAGACUCACACUAAGGCUAAUCUUUCUUCUUUGCAUUUGAUAGACACAUUUAUCCAAAGCAUUAUGCAGUGGUGCUACAUAUAUAUCUUGAAAUAUCAGUGAAAUUGACAUUUUCUUAAAAUUUCAGUCUUGGUCUUACGGUUUUGGCAAGAACAUUCUAAAAACCACUUAAAAACCUUGUUGUGCUUCAUUUAGACUGAUGUAACAAUCUGUAUGACCAGCCAGGUUUUAUGAAAGUUGUAGUGAGUUGUUAGAUACUAACCUUGAAAACCAAUCUUUGUUUAGAGCUGUAGGCUUUAGAUAGCUGGGUUACGAAUGGACUUGGACGUGGUUUUUUUCAGGGAAGCUCUCAUCCAUACUGCCUUAGAGAGCAGUAACUACAAAAACGAUGAAGUAGAGAAGGGUUUGAAUUUCUUAGCCAACCUGUGUGACAGAUAUAUGAGUUGUUAAACCUUCAUUUUAUGCCUUUUAUGCUCAUUAUUAAUCAGUGUCACAGAGCUUACUGAAACCUAAAAAAAACAUUCAGAUACUAAUGUCACCUUCUACAUUUGAACAAUUGAAAAGGAAAAAGUAUAGGCUACAAAUAAAGGGUUUUUUCCACAGCUCUUUUUUACAUUUGAGCCAAUGACCUAGUUUAGUAAAUUCGUCAUCCUUUCAUUAAAUACAGUUUUAAUAUUUGAUUUAAACGUAGAUUAACCACAUGAAAUCACGUGAUUUCCAGGACUGCUGUAUCAGGUGUUCCCUUUUUUUUUUUUUCUCUCCGUUAUGAUUUCUCCUACUUAUGUUGUAUAAAAAAACUCAGUUACUAAGAUUUUUGAGCAUAAAUAAAAAACUUGGUUAAAUUAGCUUCAGCUAACGGCUAUCCGAGCAGCUAGCCUUAACUAGCCAAAGAGCAGUUGCUGCAGUUGUUUUUUUUACCUCUGUUUUCUAGUUUUUAUGAUUUUUAUUUUUGCUUUUUAUUUUAUGAAAUUUACACGCAGGCCUUUUGCCCCCAAAGAUUAUAAAUUUGACGGUAUAAUAAAGUCUAUGGUAAUGUAAGAUUUCGGAAAGUCUGAUUCUGGCUUUUAACUCAGUUUUGACCAAAUAUGUAGUUACUGCAUGUGGCCUUUGUAGGGCAGCUUAGUCUCUACAGUAAUGGCGGUGUAUACAUGCUAUAGACCACGACUAUGACAAAAAGGGCGUUUAAAAAGUAAAACAAGAAAGAGAGAAAAAAAUUAAUUUAUUUUAAGUUAAUUUAGAUUUAAAUCAUCUUUCUCCUUGAUUCCUCCAUGUAAUCAGACACUGCUGUAAAUUUCAUAUAUUACAAUGUAAAAGUAUGUAUUUGCUCACGUUAGUCAGUUCAGUGGCACUCGGAGGGCCCUGCGUUUCUCUCCAUGUCACUCUGUCUCUUCAGGAGUAGCAGAUGUCGCAGUUGCUGGUAAUGGCUGACAAUCAAAUAGAGACAUGCUGGGGCUCAAAGCUUUUGUUUGGUGGAAAAGUCUGCUGGAGAAAGCAAAAUUCAAUCAAUCCUGUUCUAAAGGAUCAACGUUGCUUCUUUAGAUUUGACCCCGUGACUCUUUGGCCCCUGAGGCAACACUCAAGCACCUGCUCCCCUCGUUCAAUGGAUCCAUGUUUAUCGUAUAUCUAUCGACCAGCUCUGCGAGAUAUUUGCAUUUGAACAGUGGAUGUUUUCUCUCUCUCUCUCUCUCUCUCUCUCUCUCUCUCUCUCACUCUCUCUCUCUCUGUGUGUGUGUGUGUGUUUGCACGGCAGCAUCUUCAGGGAAGGCUGGCAUGUUUUUAAUUGCGUGAUAGCGACAAUCAGGAGACGUUAUGACAACACAGUAUACCUCCAAACACUUUGACAUCCCUUCAACCACAAUCAAGCCCGUUUCUACCUCAAAGACUAAGGCUUUAGCAGAUUUCUUUGCUUCAGCCACAACAGAGAAUCCUGUUGAAGGCUGCGCUCAUGCAGGAAAACCGAUCGAAAUGUAGUUUAUGCUGGUUUAUAAAGAGCUCAGUUUCACUAUGAAAGAGAUUGUAAAGACCACAGACAAUCAGAUAUCAGCUUAAAUGUCACUCACACCUCUAAUCGAUAACCAUUUUAUUAAUUUAAGGGGAAUCAGAGAUGUCAGUGUAGUUGAGAAGAUGCAACCCCUCCAGUAAGAGCUCCCCUCAGUGGAAGUUUUUGUUAUGACACGCAACCAGUUUAGAUUUCCGAAAUGGAAAAAACUGAGGGUUUGAUCGAGGGCUACAAAGACUCAGUGUCCUUCAGUGUGACCAUUUAUGGCACAAAUCACAUAUUUUCAGUGUUCAUAGCUUAAUUUCCUUCCAAUGUUUCCAUAGUUUUCUUCUUGUUGAGGUGAAAUGGCAUUUUGAUCAUCAUGGAACACUUAAAUAAUCAAUUUAGUCAGUAGCUCUUCAAGGUAUUUAAACUAAGAAUUAAUUCACAAAUUAAAAACACAAUCAGCAAACAAUCAAUAAUCAAACUUUCUGUCUUGCCUGUUUCUCUGCAACUAUGUGUCUGUAGCUGCUUUCUCUCAUGGAACCUGCAGGUGUUUUUUUUUAUCAUUAGAUAAGACAAAUGUUCGCACAAGACUUUGCAUCCGCAGUUCUUGGCUUUAUGUUUAUUUGUCAAAGUUACAUUAUUGUUGUGUGGUAAUGCAGUUAAAAGCUUGGAUUGAUUUUAAAAGUCUGCUUGUUUGAUGCAUUCAUGUGUUGUACAGAUCGGAACAAUGACUUAGCCGGACUAAUUUUCUUACUGCAAAAUGCAUUUUGUUUGUCUUGGAGUUAGUUUUCCCAAAAACAUAAGUAAUAAAAGUAGUGCUGUUCAGGAGUCGACUCCCAAAUCUCAGAUGUCAGCGCUUCUGAUCAGCACAAAACUCUCUGUCAAAAUGUUGUAACAUAAGAACGUCAUAACUUUAAGGUGUUUUACCUUGAAAUAUUGCUGCUUUUACUCCCACCAGAGCUGUAGCUAAAAUAACCUCUUGAAAAUUUACCAGGUCCAGAGCGUCUUGCAUGGAAAAUUGACUCUGACUCCUUUUCCCACAUGAUGCCAACAUGGAAAUUUUGCCGGAACAUUUACGGGUUAAGGUGCAUGUGGGUUUGGGGGCUUUUGACUGGACUUCACCACUGACUUACCUCCAUUAAGUGGACUGUGGAGAAGGGAAAAUGAUGAGAAAAUAACAAGAUGCCUUCUGCUGUGACAAUUGUUGUAUGAAUUAACCUGUAUUACUAAGAUUCAUUAAAUAGAUUAUUUCUGAAAUACGGCUUUUAGAGCUCUGGAUUAUAUCAUGUUUAUAUUGUUUUGUGUUGUAUUUUGCUCUUUCUUGCUUUUUUUUUUCUUUUUCUUUUUUUUGAUAUGCUGUAGCAACCCCAGCACACAGAGAUUACAUUAAAUCCGAUUUAUUAAUAUAGCGAUAAUGAUGAUGAUAAUAGUUUGAUCAUUUUAGGGAGGGAUGUGAUGUGAUGCAAUGUUUGUGGGGGGGCUUCACGUGUCUUUCCGUCAACGUCAGAAGUGAAACAAGGCUCUGUCUCUUGUCUCUCACAACUUCUUCUCAGGAAAAUCUACCUCUGCCUCCAGUUUGAUGCAUUUAACCCAGUGAGGGCUCAAGUUACCGUGUAGUGGGUACACAAAGACGGUGUGAGGGGCCAACACCAGAGUCCGAAAUGAACUGGAACAUACCAGUGUAGUUUCUGAGAUUAGAGAUGAACGCAGUGGAUUGAUAAUUGUGGCGUAACAUUGUGAU